UUGGUGACCCCCCCAAAACACAGAACUAUUGAGAUUAUCACUUUCUCAUUUAUCUCUCAAAAAAUUUUCCUUCCUUUUACGUAAGUUUUCUUUUCCAUGGACACCCAAAGCUUUCUCUUCUCAGUAUUUUGUUUCUUAUUCUAUUUUCUAUCAGGUGAACCACAAGUUGUUGAAGGUACGAGGUUGUCGUGGACAUCAUCACCUUUUGGUUUCAAACCAAAGAUGUUGUUUGCGUUUGGAGAUUCUUAUGCUGAUACAGGGAACACUAAGAUAGCAGUGACAAGAUCUUGGCAUUUCCCUUACGGAAUUACAUUUCCUGGAAAACCUUCUGGUCGUUUCUCUGAUGGGUUUGUGUCCACUGAUUUUGUUGCGGGGUUCUUGGGAAUGAAGACACCAAUACCAUACAGAUGGAGGAAAGAACUAAGUGGUCGAGUGAAAUAUGGGUUGAACUUUGCGUAUGGAGGAACAGGUGUUUUCGACACGUUGGUUGCGGAACCAAAUAUGACCACCCAAAUCGAUUUCCUACAACAACUAAUCAAUGAUUCGGUCUAUACUAAAAGGGUUCUGAGAACUUCAGUGGCACUUGUCAGUCUUGCAGGCAAUGACUACAGCUAUUACCUUGAAACCAAUGGCUCUGCCGCGGCUUUCCCAGGCUUCAUCCAAAGUGUAGUGAACCAACUUAUGGUGAACAUGAAACGCAUCCAUGACUUAGGAGUGAGGAAAAUAGGUGUGAUGUCACUGAUAUCAUUGGGUUGUACCCCUCAAAACACCGCCGGAUCCUCCUUUCAACGCUGCAAUGAAACUGAGAACGACCUUGUUAUGCUCCAUAACAAUUUAUUGCUUCAAGCUGUCGACACUUUGAACCAACAAACCAAUAGCACCCUGUUCUUUAUCAUUGAUCUUCAUAAUGCCUUUUUAACCGUUUUCAAUGGGACUGAAACUCAUCAAGGAAGUCCAACAUUUGAGAACCCAUUUGAGCCAUGUUGUUUUGGAGUGACUGAAGGGUUUUUUUGUGGAAGUGUGGAUGAAAAUGGGGGAAAAAAGUACACACUUUGCUCAAACCCUAAAACCAAAUUAUUUUGGGAUGGAAAUCACCCUACAUCUGAAGGAUGGCGAGCUAUUUAUUCAACGCCUGCAUUCCAAAACACUCUCAAGCAAUUUAUUGACUGACUUUGAGACUUUACAAUGUUUAUGAUCUCCUUGUCCAUUCAAUUUUAUGGAAGUUCUUCACCACUGUUAUACCCUUUUUGUUGGGUUCUUUAAUGGAAAAAUAGGCAUUGUUUGGGAGGUUAA